CUCACUCACGCCCUUCUCGUUCCACCACCACCAUCACCACCACCGCCCCGCCCCGAUGCUCGGGCGCUUGCCUUUCGGACUGUUAGCCCUCGUCGUCGGCGCGCUCGCCGCCGCCGACUCGAAGGAGGGCUCCGUCGCGGACUACGCACCGCAGACCAACCUCGCCUGCCCGGACGUCUCCGCGCAGCCGCUCGUCCGGAUCUUCACGCCGAACACGCAGGAGCUGAACGCGCACGAGCAGGCGUACGUCGCCGCGCGGGAGGCGCAGGCGAUCCCGCGCGCGUGGACGGACUGGGUCGGCGACGGCUCGGCGAUCGGGUACGACGUGAGCGCGUUCGCCGGCGGCGGGAAAAACUGGAGCCGGGUCGGGAUCGCGAUCAGCGGGGGCGGGUACAGGGCGGCGCAGUACGGCGCGGGCGUGUUGAGCGGCCUGGACGCGCGGAACGAGAGCGCGAAGGCGGCGGGCACCGGCGGGCUGUUGCAGGUCGCGUCGUAUCUCUCGGCGCUGUCGGGCGGAUCGUGGCUGACGGGCUCGCUGUUUCUCAAUAACUGGCCGACGGUGAAGGACAUGGUGUACGGCAACGGCGGCAAUCUUACCGGGUGGUUGCUCGACUUGCCUCUCGCUACGCCGGACGGAGACGACUUGUUCAAUGACAAGAACCAGGCGUGGUUCGGUAGUGUUCUCUGGAGCGUCGAGGCCAAGGCGAACAAGAGCAUCGACACUUCUAUCACGGAUCCGUGGGGUCGCAUGAUCGCCUAUCACUUCCUCAACCAGACGACGCGCGGCAACUUCUUCACCAACGACACCGCGCACGGAGCUGGGCAGCUCUGGUCUCACAUACCGCAGACUCCGGCAUGGCAAGCCCUCCAACCGCCGUACCCACUCAUCUGUGCCGACUCACGACCGGUGGGCUCUAACUCUACCGCCGCGCUCACUCCAGAACCGGUUGUGUACGAGAUCACGCCGCACGAAUUCGGUUCAUGGGAUCCCAACCUCAGCAGCAUGGUGAACCUCACCUACGCGGGGACCCAUUUCAAUAACGGGCAGCCGGACAACAGCACCGCCUGCGUAACGGGCUUUGACGAAGCAUCGUUCGUCAUGGGGACGAGCGCCAGUUUAUUCAAUCAAAUCCUGGACUUUGGCCAAAAUUUCCUGGGAAGCUUCGACAAGGACGACGGCGCGAGUUUAUUGUAUGUGCUCGCGAGGCAGUUGAGGAGUGUUCGGACGAGGGCGGACGACGUCGCGAAUUGGCCGAACCCCUUCCAUAACGUGGCCAACUCGACGUUCGAAGACUCCAACUCUACCUGGCUCGAGCUCAUCGAUGGCUCUUCCAACCACGAGAACGUGCCACUCGGUGCGAUGUUCGUCCGAGCUCGCGCGCUUGACGUCGUGGUGGCCGUUGACGGCUCCGCCGACCAGGCGACGAUCAACUGGCCGAACGGCUCUUCGCCCAUCUUCUCCUCGCAACGCAUGGCGAACAUCCUCCAGGCAUCGCACCAGCCUUUCCCCCCGAUCCCGACGACGCCCGAGCAGUUCCUCAGCACGGGAGUGAACCAACGCCCGACAUUCUUCGGCUGCUAUCCGCAGAAGAACCCGCCCGAGUGGCCGAUGGUGAUCUACUUCCCGAACUCGCCGCCGAUCAGCGGCGAGGAUCCGGUCAGCAACACGGGCACGUUCAAACUCUCCUACACCCCUAAGCACACCCGGCUCUUCCUCGACCAGGUGCACAACAACACCAUCGGCGGCUUCACCAACGGCUCCACCGCCGCCGACCCGAACUUUGGCAAAUGCCUCCAGUGCGCCGCCGUCGACCGCGCGCGGAUCAGGUCGGGCGCGAACGUGGCCCGGUCCGACUUUUGCACGCAGUGCUUCUUCCAGUACUGCUACGACCCGAACAACCCGCCGAGCGUGAGCCAGAUCGCGGGCCGCAAGUACGACUUUGUCGACCCGGACCCGCAGGGGGUGAGCAGGGUGAAGGGCUUCUUGGGCGACAACAAGGGGCCGCUCAUCGGCGGCCUCGUCGGGCUGUUCGUCUUCAUCGCCGCGUUGAUCGGUUUCCUGAUCUGGUGGAAGAAGCGCAGUCGGCGUAUCGAGUACCAGCGCGUGAACAACCUGCACGAGGAAGAGGACAAGGCGCCGUGGCGGCUCUUCAAGCGUGGGCCGUCGGCAUCCUCUGGCCGGUAUCCUCUUGCGUACGAGCUUCCUGAGCAUAAAUAAGGGUCGCUGGCGCUUGCAUCGUCUUUUUUCUUCUAUCGCAUCUGUUCUCUGUGGGUUUGGGCCGGGCCUGUGUUUUCUUCGUUCACGCUUUGCAUGUUUGUUUCACUUACGGACUGUGGUGUCAUCUGCCUACCAUACGAGAGGCUUCCUGUAUCGUUAAUGAUCGUGAUGCACGCAAUAGAUAUAUCUACAUCUCCUAUAAAUUACCGGUUAAAAUGCGAUCCCGCACUCGCAGUGAGCGGAAGGCCAUAGCUGGAUUGUUACAGGAGCUCGUCGAGUGUCAUGUCGUUCGCACUGGGCAGGUCUUCUUCAAAGAGCGAGGGUAAUCUCGCCCCAGACUUUGUCCUAAUAGUUGACGGAACCUCCGGCGUUUGAACUAGUGAGGCUAGACUCGCCCCGGAAUUUGUUUUUACGGUCGUUGGUACCUCGGGUGUUUGAACGAGCGAACCGAGGUUGAGGCUCUGAUUCGCCAGCGGAACCCGCGAUACUCGCGUGAUGUGUGUCCGCGGUUUGUGCUCCUGCGGGAUCGCCACCGAUCUGUACAGGUCGAGCUCCUGCAGCAGGUCCUGGUUCUGUUCCUGGGCGACCUCCUGUUGCCGCGCAUAUUGCGCCAAUUUCAGCUUAGCCUCUGCCAGUUCCUUUCGUAUCCGGUCGACGUACAGUAUUCUCUGCGCCGGAUUGUGGUGGCCCAAGAUCUCCGCGUUGAAUCGACUCAGCGCGCUCGCUUCCUCCUCCGCCAGCGCGUUUCUAUCGAUCAGCGCCUGCACCUGCUCCGUCAGGCCGCGGUACGCGUCCUCGUACUGCUGCGCGUGCGCGAGCUCCGCGCCGAGCGCUUCCAUCUCGUCCCGCAGCGCCUCCUCCGCGGCCUUGCAUCGCCGCGCCGUCUGCGCCAUGCGCUCCCGCGAAUCGCGCUCGAGCGCGAGCUGUCGGUCCUUCGCCGCCAAGUCGGACGCGAGGCGGGACUGGGUGUCCCGCGCGAGCGCUUCCGCGUCGGCGGCGCGCACUUCGGCGAGCUGGCGCGUGGUGAGCGCCUCAGCGAGUUGGACGGCUUGCUCCGCUAGCCGCUGCUUGGCGGAGAGGAGCUCAGGCGCGAGCGCGCGUGCCUCUUCUAGUUCCGACUCGCGCUCGUGUAGGUGCGCCUCGGUGUCGCGAAGCUGAUGAUCCAAGGACGAGUAGUGGAAGAUCAUCUGCUCGUCAAGAAGGCGUUGUCGUUCCGUCAGCAGCGCGUCCGUCGUCUCCAGUGUUGCGCCGAUGCGACGACGGACAGCAGCGUCCUGCUCCUCCGCAGACGUCAGGUCGUCUUCCAGUGCUUGAAUCCCGGCGUGGAAAUUUGCAGGCUCCGACCGGUAUGCAUCUCUAAGUUGAUGCCCAUACCAGGACGCUUCCUGUUCCACUCGGGUCAGGCAUUCCUUCAGCAGCGCGGAGUCCUCUCUGGCGUGCCUGACCAAGCUCGC